AGGAGCCCCGCCGCCAUCUAUUCACGCAGCACCAUGAUGAAGAAGGACGUUCAUCUCAACCUGGACACGCAGAGCUCCGAGCUCAAGACCACCCCGCUACGCGACGCCGACGUGCUGCUCAACUCGCAGGACUUGGGGCUUCUCAAGCUGGCCUCCCCCGACCUCGAGCGCCUCAUCAUCCAGUCCAACGGGCUGGUGGGCGCCGCCAACCCGGCGUCCCAGUUCCUCUACCCGAAGUCGGCCAGCGACGAGCAGGAGUUCGCGGAAGGCUUCGUCAAGGCUCUGGAGGAUCUGCACAAGCAGAACCAGCUGAGCGAGGCGGGCUGCGUGUCGGUGGACAGACUGGAGCUCCUCGGCGCCGCCAACGCGGUGGGCUCGGCCGGGCUCCAGACGUCGGAUCUGCCCGUGUACACCACGCUAAACGGCUUCGCCGGCAGCCCUCUGCACGGCGGCGCCACGAUCAACUACUCGGCCGAUGCCAUCCCCUUCCCCCCGCCCCAGUCCCACCUCACUCCGCAGCAGCAGGCGGCGGCGGCGGCGCUCUCCCGGCUGCAGUCCGCCGGCGGGGCCGUGAAGGACGAACCGCAGACGGUCCCGGACAUGCAGAGCCUCGGGGACAGCCCGCCUCUCUCCCCCAUUGACAUGGACAACCAGGAGCGCAUCAAGGCGGAGAGAAAAAAGCUGCGCAACCGGAUAGCUGCGUCCAAGUGCCGCAAGCGGAAACUGGAGCGGAUCUCGCGGCUGGAGGACAAAGUGAAGAGCCUGAAGACGCAGAACACCGAGCUGGCGUCCACGGCCAGCGUGCUCCGGGAGCAGGUGGCCCAGCUCAAGCAGAAAGUGAUGAACCACGUCAGCAGCGGGUGCCAACUUUUGCCAAACCAGGUCCAAGCUUACUAAUUCCACAAAUGCCUAACAAUGACUUUGCAGACGUGGUUUUGUUUAAUGCGGCCUGCAGGGGAACGGGAAGGUUCAAAAGUUCAUCGGCACAGGGUGUGAGCUGCAGCCUGCUGCUGGGCGACUAAAACAGAACCGGGUUGUUGGUAAACAGCCACGUAGCACCACGAAUGUACACUUAGAGGGCUGUCAAACUCAUCUCUGUCGUGGGCCGUAUUGGAGUUAAGGUUUCCUCUCACAAGGCUGUUGUUGAGACUGUGAAAUCAUUUACAGCAAAAUGCAUAAUCGCCUCAUUGUAUUUCCACAAACUCGUGCAUAAGUAAUUUUGAAAAUACAGUACUUUGACUAUUGCUCAAUCUACUGUGGCAAAAUUUACCAGUUGAAUUUGUUCCGUGCAGAAGUUCUUUUUAUCUUUUUACUUUGAGAAAAUAGCAAAAACCCACAACUGCAAUUCCCACCCCUACAAAACAUUUUUAGAGAAAAAUAACUGCCUUGUUGAAGAAAAACAGGUUUUAUGAAGUGUAAUGACGGAACGUACUGUACUAUAAUAUUCAGGUGUUGGAGUUAUCCCUUUCAGGGGUGUGGCCUAGUAAAUGAUAUCAGCAGUUAGGCUGCGUGAGCAUCUGUGCACAAGUUGUGGCUUACAGCAGAGCUCCUUGCGAGUGUUCUUAUUUCGAAUGUCCAUUUGUCCCGGCAACUGUGGCUCUUCUUGCUCACGUGAGGCCAUUACAGUAACUUAAUCGCCACCCCCUCUCCCCCAACUGCCAGUUUAUUUGAAUUUGCUUGUACAAGAAAUUUUGACAAAGCAAAACAAAGAUGGGAUAAAAUACUUUUACUUCAGAGUUGGGGCACUUGCAAGUCAGCGUACCACAGCCUUUCAAAAAGGGUUUGGUUUGUAAUAAAUGCUGGCAAUAUGCGAAAGACAAUUUGCAAUACCGGUAGAUUUUUUUUUUUUUUUUUUAGCAAGAAACAUGAAGUAGGUGCACAUAAUUUGCCUCUUUGGGCCACAUCACAUAAUGUGGUUGGCUGAAUCAGGCCCCCAAGCUAUGAGUUUGACACCUGUGGUGUACAGAAUAGUAUUGAUCGACAAUCUCAGCCAAAUGGAAAGGUCUCACCAAGUGCUGCCCUCCAAUUGUAUGUAUCUAUGUAUGUGUGUGUGAAAGUAUAUAUAUAAUAUACUGCCUUACUUGUUUACAAGCACUUAUGACUUUUUUUUUUUUAUUUACGUAAGCAUUUAUUUACUUUUUUUCCCCAAAAAUGAACACUGCAUGUUUUGUAGCAGUUGUGGGCAGUAAACCAUUGUAUUCCUUUGUAUUUUGCCUCCAUGGUGGCUCCUUGGUAGAGUUUAGGUGCCGAACUUCCACGAAUGUACGUUUAUGACCCAUUUUUCUAUGUAUGGCGGACUCUCAGCUCGCUACCUGACAUUUAAGUUCACUACAUUACGACAGCGAAAUCUGUUUUCGCUUAUACUGUAAAUAAUAAAAAAGCCUUUUCUUACCAUUUCUCUUUGUUCUUGUCUUUGGACAGUCCACAAUGUGGCCAAACAAGAGAUACGUGGGGAACUUACAAUCCCGAGGGCAAUCUAUAACCCUGGGGAGAAUUUCAUCAAAGCGGGCCUGCAAUUCUGAGAAAAAAAAAUAAAAAUGCUUAAAGACACGCCUCA